CUAUUGUAUAUAUCAUAUUUAUUUGGUUAAAGUACUUCAUUAAGAACAUUUGUUUUCCCAACGUCCAAAAACUUGCAAUGGAUUACAAGCUCGUACAUAGUGUGCAGUACGACGACUGCCAUGUCCAAGGAGGUACCAAUAAUAAGGCCGAGUCCAUGUGGUACAAUAGACCGGUAUGGAAAUGGUUCUUUGGGGGCCUAGCUAUUGGUAUGCUAAUCUCUAUUGUUAUAUGCUUGGUUGCUGGAACUAUUUUGUUCAAAGGAUAUUCUAGAAAAAAUAAUUGUGAAUCAAGUCAAAGUUUGCAGUAUCAGACCAACACAUCUACAAUAAAAAAUGAACGAACUACUAGCGGUCUAAAGCAGAUUUCUACACCAGCGACGACUACUUUUUAUCGACACCAAUCCACUGCUGCUCUGAAAACAAUACACACAUGCCAAGUUGCAGGAGGAUGUAACCAACCACCUAAGUUACAAGAUGGAAUGGAAUGUGUGUUUGAAUCUAAAGAUGACAGAACAUCCGUCCGGUAUACGUUACUAGCCAAACUGAAUGUUGAUACAGUUGAUCAUUGUCCUGCGCAGCGAUGUUAA